AUGGGGGGUGUCCACCCCACACGUGCUGGGUGCGUGGGGAGGGAUGAGGAGCUGCUUCCCCCCUGCCCUGGGCAGGCCCUGAGGUGCCAUCGAGGCGUGGGGGUCCCCAGGGACCCAAAACACCCGCAGCUCAGGAUUGGGGUCCGGCUGAGCAGGGGCUGAGCUUUCCCUUGUUGUUUUGGGGUCGGAACGGUGGGAUCUGGCUUUGCUGUACUCCGUCCGGAGCAGCUGGCGGUGACGCCACCCCAGUUGCUGACUGGUUUUACUGGGCAGCUGGAAGGAGCCCUGAGCGGCCACCUCCGGGGCCCGCCCCCCAAGCUCGUCCCCGUCUCUGGCAAGCUGGAGGAGAACGUGGAGAAGACCCUGAUCCGCCCCAUGGCCUUCAAGCCAGUGGUGCCCAAGCUCCGGAGCACCCAGCCAGGCGUGCGCCCAGGGCUCUCGGAGAGCCAGGUGAGCCUCACCCAUUUGCUGGGUGCUGAGAAGCCCGGCUCCCUGAGCUGCCGCGCCAGCACCCUCUCGGACUCGGGACGCAACUCCCUCUCCACCCUGCCCGGCGAGGAGGCCAUGCUGGUGCGGGAGCUGGAGGACAAGCUGCGGGAGAGGGAAGCUGAGCUGCGGCUCCUGCGUGACAGCCUGGAUGAGAACGAGGUGGCCAUCUGCCAGGUGUACGAGGAG